AUGUCUAUUCCACAGCAAUACCUAGUUCCUUCUCCGGAUGAGCCUCUGAUACUCCCUUUCGAGAAAACGAGCUUUUCAAGGCCACGCCUUUGUAGGAGUAUUUGUUUCUCAGCCAAAAAUAUCUGGUAUUCGAACAAUUACUGCGAUGGAGAUGAUCAGUACGACAGUCUCUUCGUAAGGGCGAGAGAAACCAAGAUACUCCUGAUGCCGGAAUUAAAUCGGAUAUGGGCUACUGCUUCCUUUUGGGCAUGGGACCCCUUUGGCAAGACCAGUGUGGCUGACGCAAGUCUUACGGUUGAAUUGCGAAUGGCGGGGUAUCCAAAGGAUGAGAACGGAGUAAAAACUAUCGCCCUCUACCCAACUAUCUGGCUCAGGACUGCGGACAAGGUUGUCAGAGCAAGUGACCCCUGGAAGGAGAUCGAGGCUAUUGUCAAGAGAUUGAGACUAGAUUCCCCCCAGAACGCCAAGAUAUACGUGGAGGGGGGUGGAAGAAUUAGCGAUGACAGUGUCUCCGUUGCUAGAGAGUACCUGACUUUGGACAAAGGCAUCACCUUUCGCAGUGGCGAGACCCUAUACAUUCAUGUCCUAGCUAAGCCGGAGGGGAGCUCUGCUUGUGGCCUACUUUGUCUCAUUACAAUCAUAAAGGAUGAGGCAGUCUUGGAGCAGAACAUAUCACGAAUUGGUGGGCUGGUUACUUAUAUUCUACCCAGGCAAGCCGUAACGUCCGGUCAUGUUAUGACCCGAUAUUUUCUCAAGUUCUGCACUCUCAAUUCUUCCUCAGAUGCCUUGCCAGCACACCCCAAGUCAGAAGAAACUGAAGAGGAUGGCGAAAGCGACGAUGAGGUGGUUGAAAAUUACGAAAACGAUCACGACCCAGAACAGUCACUCGGUUACGUUGACGUCACUGGAUCAACAGAUUGGCUUUCUGUCACACCCUCGGAUACCAUCAACUUCAUUGUCCAACUCGUCAAAGGCACAGCCCAAACAUCAGGGUGGAGUAUUGAAACAUCGCGGCAGAUACCAGCGGACUUUGCUCUGCUAUCUGAUAUAGCUGACUGGGAACGUGACAACUACUACGUCGACCCUCCAGUGCAGGGAAUACAAUCCAAUGCGCCAAUGAGAGAGAGAAAGUGGGUGUCUGGGUAUACCAACGAUGAGUCUUUAAAAGCAGGCGAAGUCCUUAUAGUGGUUGAUGAAGAGUCAGACAGCCUCGUUGCAUCCCUUCAGCCUGCCCGGAUACCUCUCAUAAUUAGCGGGUCAACACUUUGGACUCGAAAACUCCGUUUAGAGGCACCACUGGCCCCCGGCACAUCUGGAUCCUGGGUGGUUGAUAGAAAAACGGGAGCAUUGUGCGGGUCAAUCAUCGUCGUUUAUGACGGUGAGCCAUUCGCGCUUAUGAUCACCGCCGAAGCCCUUUUUUCCGAUAUCAAAAGUUACUCUAGCAUUACCAUGGAUGAUGCAAAGUUUCCAGCAGUUUCUGAGCCAUUGUGGAGCGAAACGCAAGACACCCAACCAGUCCUUGCAAAGCAAAUUCCUAAACAGUUAUCUCUAGAGGUUGAUAGUAUAACCGAUGACCAAGAAAGUGACGCUAGUUGGUCACCUCAGAGCAGUUGUACCACCUCUCUUACAUCCAGCAUCUUUGUAUCUGUAGUGAUCAACGGCCGAACGUACCAAGACGCAGACGCCCGGUACUGGGCACCAAAAGACCAGCUAUCUCUUGAUAUGAUGGAAGUUCUUUAUUACGCAACCUUUCUCGCCCUUGAAAGCAAACUCUAUCUUGCACCGCUUGACACAAGUCACGUCAGCAACGUUCUUGACAUUGGGACAGGUACAGGGUUAUGGGCUAUUGAUUUCGCUGAUGACUUUCCUGAAGCAAACGUUACUGGCACGGAUAUCUCACCGAUACAGCCAUCCUUUGUUCCGCCGAACCUUCAGCUUGAAAUCGAUGAUUUCACGAAAGAAUGGACUUUCGAGACCCAAAGAGACUUUAUUCAUAUGCGAUUUCUAGGUGGAAGUGUUUCCGACUGGCGCCAUCUAUAUGAAAGCGCGUACAGAGCCACUAAACCUGGAGGUUGGAUUGAGACUCAUGAGUUCAAUCCGGUAUUUCAAAGCCAAAAUGAGUCUAUUGUCGAUGGCAGCGCGAUAGCGACGUGGGGUACUAUCUUCGAAGAAGGCUGCAAGCAGCUCGGUACUUCCUUCAUUCCACUUCCUUCAGACGUCCAAAUGAAACAUCUUGAGGCAGUCGGCUUUGUUGACAUUCAAUCUCGGAUUAUCAAGGUGCCAAUUGGAAAUUGGCCUAAGGAGCGAGCCUUGAAGGACAUCGGGAGUCUUGCGAAAAUGAGUAUUACUGGAGAUAUACAAGGAUGGAUUGGUUUUAUGACUUAUGUUUGUCGUUGGGAGAACUCCGAUAUAAGGGAUUACUGCGUGCAAUUGAGCAAAGAGCUUGCAUCCACGACGGCACAAUUAUUUUAUUACCAGCAGGUCGUGUGGGGUCGAAAGCCUAAGGAUUUUUGA